CCGCUGGAGCCCCGCCCGCCUUCCGACGGGGGUGCGGCUCCAGGAAACGGCGCGCUCCCUAUACAGUGCCACAGCCACCCGACUCGCCCCAGACGACCCCGACGACUCAGCCAGACCACCAGGCAGGCCCCAAAGGCAGCAGUGGGGACAGCGGCUCCACUGGUGCCCGAGCCUCGGACACCAUCGCACAGACGGGGCGGGCAGCACGGCUGGGAACUUGGGAGGCCAUGGGGACUUGGGCGGGGCCAGCAGCCGUGGGCCAGCGGGAGCCCCGAGUCUGAGGAGCAGUAGGGCUGCGGGGCGGCAGGGGCCAUGACCUCGGUGUGGAAGCGCCUGCAGCGCGUAGGCAAGCGGGCGGCCAAGUUCCAGUUUGUGGCCUGUUACCACGAGCUGGUGGUGGAGUGCACCAAGAAAUGGCAACCGGAUAAGCUGACGGUGGUGUGGACCCGGCGGAACCGACGCAUCUGCUCCAAGGCCCACAGCUGGCAGCCGGGCAUCCAGAACCCAUACCGGGGCACCGUGGUGUGGAUGGUACCUGAGAACGUGGACAUCUCCGUGACCCUGUACAGGGACCCCCACGUGGACCAGUAUGAAGCCAAAGAGUGGACAUUUGUUAUUGAGAAUGAGUCCAAAGGGCAGCGGAAGGUGCUGGCCUCGGCUGAGGUGGACCUGGCCCGCCAUGCGGGGCCCGUGCCUGCCCAGGCUCCUCUGCGGCUGCGGAUGAAGGCCAAGUCGGUGAAGGUGGUGCAUGCGGAGCUGAGCCUCACCCUCUCGGGUGUGCUGCUGCGAGAGGGCCGUGCCACGGACGAUGACAUGCAGAGUCUUGCGAGCCUUAUGAGCGUGAAGCCUAGUGACGUGGGCAACUUGGAUGACUUUGCUGAGAGUGACGAGGAGGAGGCUAAUGGUCCAGGGGCCCCUGAGGCACGGGCUCGUGCUCCCCAGCCAGGCAGGGGCGGUGCCCUGAGGCCGGGGGAGCUCCCAGAUCCCUCUCGGGAGCUGAAGACACUUCGUGAAGAGGAGGACGAGGUCCGAGUUACUCGGCCCCAGCAGGCGGCUGCCAGCCCUGCUAGUGCUGAGGACACCAGACCGGCCCCUGUGAGUGCCCCUGCGCCCCCAGCCAGGGCCUCCCGGGGACAAGGGUCAGCACCUGCUACUGUAGUCGGGGGCCAGGUGGGGCCUGAAGCCCCAAGGCCCCCUGGAACCCCACUGGAGACAGGGUCCUCAAGACACCCAGGCCAGGAUUUGGCCCCCGUCCCGGCACCUCGGCUCCGGAAAGGCUCUGAUGCCCCCUGGCCCUCAGUCCCCCAAGGGGAGGAGGAGGCCCCCAAAGCCUCAGGGGCUCCCCUAGCAGGAGUGGGUUCUGCUGGGGAGAUCCAGGUCCAGGCAAGCCCUCAGGAAGGAACAGAGGCCCAGAGAGCCAGGCCAAGCCCAGGCAUUGAGGACAGAGGCUGCAGAAACUCUUUGGGGGGACAGAAAGCCGAGGUUGAGGAAGGUGCCCUUGGGAACAGGACAGAGGCAAGUGGGGUGGACACUGAGCAGGCGUCAGGAGUCACAGGAGUGAACACUCAGAGGUCAGAGGUCAGAGCUGGGGAGGCUGAACUAAAUUCAGAAGUUACUCAAGUGGAUGCUGAGCAGAGGUCAAAGGUGAAACCUGUGGACACUGAAACACCAGGAGCUACAGAGGUGAUAUCUGAGGCAGGGUUCCAGGGAGCUCCUGGGGCUCCUCUGAGGGGCCCUCAGGAGAGGACAGGGGUCAGGCCUGGGGAUGAGGCUCCUACUGUGCAGAGCUCACCCUCAGCAGAGCCUGCAGAGCACUGUGGGCAUUUCAGCAACUCCCAGGGAGCCAGGGCUGCUGCAGGCCAGGAGAGAGAGGGUGCAGAGGUGAGGGGUGGGGCCUCUGGAGUUAGAGGGACGGGCCUGGAGCAGGGCCCCUCUGUUGGAGCAGCAAGCACCAGGCCCCAGGUGAGCAGGUACCAGGAAGCUCCACCCACAGCGGACCAGGGGACGAUGUCUAGGGAUCUGGGGCUCUGGAAGGCAGAAACUGGGGACUUGAGGGUCCUGGGAACAGAGACGAGAGUGGCAGAGUCAGAAGUUUGGGGGACCCGAGAGACAGAAGCAGAGGGCUCAGGGUUCCCGAAGGUAGAGACUGGAACAGGGAAAGCUGAAAUACUUGAGGCCCACGAGGCAGAGGCAGUGAGACCAGGGCUCCUGGAAACAGAAGCUGCUGGGAUGGCAGAGCCCGAGAAACUAGAGACCCAGCAGACAGUGGCUGGGGCUUCGGGAGUUCCAGAGACCAAGUCUAGGAUGGCAGAGGCUGAGACACUGGGGACUCAGGAAAUAAAGGGGGACUCAGGAGCACUGAGGAUAGAAGCUGAGAUAGCAGAACCUGUAAUAAUGGGGGCCCAGGAGACAGAGGUAGAAGGUUUGGGGGUGCCAAUGAUAGAGGCUGGGAGGGCAGAGACUAAGAUAUUGGAGACCCAGGAGACAGAGGUGGGGGGUUCCAGGGUCUUAGCAAUAAAGUCUGAGCUAUCAGGGACCCGGGAAACAGAGUUAGGGGGUUCUGAGGUUCCGGGGUUUGAGUCUGGGACAGCAGAGGUGGAGACAUUGGGGACCGAGGAGGAAACAGCUGAGGGUCCAGGGGCCCCAGGGAUGCAGACUGAGAUGGCAGGGACCCCGGAGACAAAGGUGGAACGUUCAGGGGUCUUGGGGCUGGAGGUUGAAAUGGCAGAGGCUAAGAAACUGGGGACUCAACCUACAGAAACUGCAGUUUUGGAGGUUGAGAAGGCUAAGAUCUCAGGGGUCCUGGAGGCAGAGACUGGGUUCCGGGGGAGCCUCGCAAAUGAGGCGUUCAAGGCCCCACUUCCUAAGCGUGGAGUUUUAGGGCCCCAGGGAGCAGAGGCAGACACUUCUGUUUUGAGGGUCCAGGAGGUGCAAGCUGAGGCUCUGGAAAUUUCAGAGGCCAAGUCUGGGGUUUGGGGGGCCUGUGAGGCAGACAUGGAGGGUUUAAGUCUUCCAGAGAACCAAUCUGGUAUUUUUGAGGCCCAGGAAGCAGAGGCUGGGGUCUUGGGAACCGAGAAGGGGGAAGAAGCUGAGGCCAGCCUGACUGAGGCGCAGGUGGCCAGCGGGGCAGAGGCUGGGGUGCCCAGGCGCUCAGGGGCCUCUCCCCCAGAGGAGUCUGAAGAGGACAGGAGGCUGCCGGGCAGCCAGGCCCUGCCCGCCCUGGUCAGCUCCAGCCAGUCCCUACUGGAGUGGUGCCAGGAAGUCACCGCUGGCUACCGUGGCGUUCGAAUUACCAACUUCACUACAUCUUGGCGCAACGGAUUAGCCUUCUGUGCCAUCCUGCACCGAUUCUAUCCAGACAAGAUAGACUUCGCCGCCCUUAACCCGCUCAACAUCAAACAGAACAACAAGCAGGCCUUCGAUGGCUUUGCGGCCCUGGGCGUGUCACGGCUGUUGGAACCCGCAGACAUGGUGCUGCUGUCGGUGCCGGACAAGCUCAUUGUCAUGACGUACCUGUGCCAGAUCCGCGCCUUCUGCACCGGACAAGAGCUGCAGCUGGUGCAGCUGGAGGGCGGCGGUGGUGCCGGCACCUAUCGCGUGGCCAGCACCUCGUCCAGCCCUCCCACAGACCUGGACACCAGUGGCCUGGCACAGCGGCUGCGCAAGCACCAGGUCGAGGAGACCAAGGAGGCCGAGAGCUGCGAGCAUGGGGCGGCCUCCAAGGCAGCCUCUCAGGACCUCGGGGCCGAGGCUGCCCAGGAGGCACGCUCCACGGAGACCCCGGUCAACGGCACUGGAGCCAGAGCAUUGGUGCCGCCUGCGGAGGGGCUGGUGAAUGGGGCUGCAGCGCUAGGUGCAGGGGGAGGUGUGCGGUUGCGGCGGCCAUCAGUGAAUGGGGAGGUGGGGCCGGUGCCCCCGCCCCGCGCACAUGGCUCCUUCUCCCACGUGCGCGACGCUGACCUGCUGAAGAAGAGACGCUCUAGGCUGCGGAAUAGCAACUCCUUCUCAACAGAAGACCCCGAUUCGGGGGGAGCUGCGGGAGGCGAGACCGCGGAAGGCCUGACCCCCACCCCCGGCCCACCCACAGCUACAGCCCCACCACAGCCUACUGGUGGCAGUCCCCCAUCAGAGGAGCCACCCCCAAGCCCAGGGGAGGAGGCUGGGCUGCAACGGUUCCAGGACACAAGUCAGUACGUGUGUGCAGAGCUACAGGCCCUGGAACAGGAGCAGAGGCAGAUCGAUGGGCGGGCAGCUGAGGUGGAGACACAGCUGAGGAGCCUCAUGGAAUCAGGUGCCGACAAGCUGCAGGAGGAGGUGCUGAUCCAGGAGUGGUUCACGCUGGUCAACAAGAAGAACGCUCUCAUCCGGAGGCAGGACCAGCUGCAGCUGCUUAUCGAGGAGCAGGACCUGGAAAGGAAGUUUGAACUGCUGAGUCGAGAGCUACGGGCCAUGCUGGCCGUCGAAGACUGGCUCAAAACCACGGCGCAGCAGCACCGAGAGCAGCUCCUGCUGGAGGAGCUGGUGUCGCUGGUGAACCAGCGCGACGAGCUGGUCCGGGACCUGGACCACAGGGAGCGGAUCGCCCUGGAAGAGGACGAACGCCUGGAGCGCGGCCUGGAACAGCGACGACGUAAGCUGAGCCGGCAGCUGAGCAGGCGCGAAAGGUGUGCGCUGAGCUGAGGCUGCGCCACCGCUGCCGGUGUCAGCUUUUCUGUCGCUGCUUUCUGCGUGCGCUCCGGACGACCGAGCCCGGGCGACCGAGACCUCUUGGCUGCCGCAAGCGGCCUGUAGGGGCCACCGUCGCCCCUUUGAUCAGGCGGGUAGGGCAGCCUUUCAGGCCCAAUGGGGCAGGAGCAGCUGGGCGGCCGCGCCGUCGGGCCUUAUUUAUUUGUCCGUGAGUGCGUGUAUGCAUGUGUGUGUGUUCGUGGGGUUAGGGGUCCCCGGAGCGCUGCGCAGGACUCCUCCCGGAGGGCAGGGCCCGGGUGGCCAGCCCCAGGGGAGCAGGAUGGGCGGGAACUGCCGCACCCACUCUCCUUCCCUUCCUUGUGAGGAAUAAAGUUGGACAAGGCUA